AUCAGCCCAUAUUUGCACAACUAUAAGCACAUUGUCAACCUCACACUUGUUGCAAAACUCUACACACAGUGAUUUGCAAAACACUAAACACACUUAACACACAUUACACACAAAAAUCUAUCAUGAAGUCACUUCCUUGCAAUACCAAAGCACUGACUGUCAAAUUACUGCAGCGUCCAACCAGUCGGUUCAACACAGUCAUCAGGUGUGUAAAUACUUGUUUGCUUAAUUGUAGACACACCAAUCAGGUGUAUAAGCACUAUAAAAAGCAGCAAGUUCAUCGGUCUUCAAGCACAAUGGAAAGAAUCAGAGAAAGAGUAAGACAACGAGGAGGAGGAGGAGGACGAGGAGGAAGAGGAGGAGGAGGAGGAAUCAACAGAGGAAGAGGAAGAGAUGAAGGCCAUGCUGGAGGAGGAAGAGGAGGAGGAGGAGGAGGAGGAGGAAUCAACAGAGGAAGAGAUGGAGGCCAUGCUGGAGGUAGAGGUAGAGGAAGAGGAAGAGGAAGACAAGAAGGUGCUCAAAGAGGACCGAAUCUGACAAAUGAGAUCCACACAACACUGGUUGACCACGUUGUCACCCACGGCCUGAGGCUGAGGGAGGCUGGACUGCAAGUACAGCCAAAUCUAAGCCGAUACACAGUGGCAAGUGUGAUAAGAACAUUUCGACUGGAAAAUAGGACUGAGGGUCAGGAACGACAAGGGGGAAGUCCUCCUGUGUUCACAGAACAGCAAGAGAGGGAGAUAGUAAACAUGGUUUUGGCCAACAAUGCUAUAACUGUCAGGGAGCACCCAGCUUCUUCUCCUGUGCACGCCCCGCCUGCGCGGAGCGCAUCACCAGCGUACUGA